AUGGAGAUCGAGCUCGCUUAUGGUGAAUCUCGCGGAUACUGGAAACAUUAUUCACCCGGGAAGUGGUUCAAACAAGCGAAAGCCGUUGGCAAGAUCAACAACGUAAAAGCUACUCUGUUAUUUGAUUCUGGUGCUGAAGUGUCGAUCAUUGACACCACCUUUGCUCGUGAGGUCGGUUGCAAUAUUGACGAAAGUCAACGACAAGAAUGUAUCGGGAUUGGAGAAACUCCGUACAUGACGGUAGGACGUACCAAGAUCAAGGUGACCCUCGCGGGAUCGCUGGUAUACUAUUUCAAUGUAUGGGUAGGCGAUCUGGCAGGGCAAGAAGCGAUUCUGGGUAUGGAUUUUAUGGUGCCUGCUGGAGUGCGGCUCGAUCUAGCGGAUGGCGCGCUAUGUCUACCAGAAGAAAUCCGCAUUCAUCUCGCAGGACGUCGCCCCGCGUACGGAUCGAAGAUACAACAUAUAACGGCGAAGGACCAACACGUGGUGAUCCCGGUCGGAGAGUCAAGGGAAGUGAAGAUCGGGAUCGGAGGGGCUAAGAUGAAGUUGUGGGUCGCUAGAGGACUAGAUUGGGUCCCCACUGUGAUCUCGGGGUGGGGUAAGACGAAAUACCUGCAGAUGACCAACAUUGGCGACCGUGAGAUCAUACUGCCCACCCACACUAUAUUAGGCAUGUGGGUCGAAGGCGAUAUGGUACCGCGAACUCAAGGUUUGGUGACAGUCGGGUCGGGGAAGUACAAGGAAUGGCAAACUCUGGCAUAUGAGGCUACGACGGAUCGAGUGAACGAACUCCCGAAAGAACCGAUCGGACCAUUGGUAGAUCGUCCUACGUAUGCCGCUCCCAAACGCAUCUUGAAACGUCCGUCUGAUGCGUUACAGAACCUGUCUCCGGCGAUCUCCACGGUAACGCCGCAAGCUAACGAUGACGAUUCGCAAAAGGCAGAUGCUGUAGUUGCGAGGGAAGUAACGGUCAGGGGAGCCGAACUAUCGCGGAUGGAGAACGGUCAUGAGAUCGGUACCCAACAUGCAACGAAGGGAGACCGCGACACCGGUCAAGAAGGGCUACGUGACAGAUCGUCUCUACCGAAGGCUGAGCCGACUGACCGACUGUUGAAAUUGGGCCAGCCGGAAGAGACGAAGGAGCCUAAAGAAGAAAUAAUGCUAAAUACUGAAGACGUCGAGAUUGCAGAAAUACCAGUUUAUCACCACGAGAGCGGAGAUUUGUUUGCGGAAGAUAUCGAGCAGCAUAUGGCCGUGCUACCAGAGAUGUCGGCGACUACGGAAGAAGUUACGAUUGAGGACAUUCAGAUCGGUGAUCCCGAUGUGCCUCUCACCACAGAUCAACAACGGCUCAGAUCGCUGAUCUGGAAGAGCCGUCACCUCCUCAUGGGUAAAGGUAAUGCUCUACCACCCGCAGCACGAGGCGCGAUCUGUGAUAUUGAUGUCGGUGGGGCAGCACCGAUAGCGCAAAGAGUGCGUCCGGUCGCACCCAAAUAUCGGGAGAAGCUGUCAGAUCUCAUCAAAGGACUAUUAGCAGCCAAAAUCGUUCAGCCAUCCACGUCACCUUGGGCGUCUCCGAUAGUGGUGAUCAUCAAGAAGAACGGAGUGGAUAUUCGCCUUUGCAUUGAUUAUCGAAGAGUUAACCAGCUGACGCGUCUGAUGGUUUAUCCCAUGCCGUUGAUCAGCGAUCUGUUGGAAGAUCUGGAUAAAGCUCUAUGGUACUGUUCGCUAGACAUGGCUAGUGGAUUUUGGGUCGUCGAAAUGACUGAACGAGCAAAACUGAUCUCAGCGUUUGUCACACCGUUUGGCUUGUUCGAGUGGCUGCGAAUGCCUUUUGGGCUUAAGAACGCGCCCCAGAUCUACCAACGUCUGGUGGACAAUGCGUUGUAUGGAUAUCUCAAGAUCGGCCAGAGAUCAGCUUCUGAUGGCCCGAUCGACGUGUUCAAAGAUGGAGAACCUGAGACAGAUCGACGACCGUCUAUACUGGGACGCCGAUCUUACAUUGACGAUAUUCUCAUACCAGCCACGUCAUGGGGAUCUUUGUACACAAAAGUAGAACGGUUGCUGGAGGCAUGUGAUAAGUGGAAUCUGUCUAUCAGCCUCACGAAGAGUUUUUGGGGGUGCCGUAAGGUCGAUUAUUUGGGACAUCGAGUGUCGAUGGAUGGUCUGGAGGCUCAGCCCAAGAACCUAGAGUCGUUGGUUAACAUCCCGUUUCCUAGCACGCUACGAGCUAUGCAAUCCUUUCUCGGGAGCUUGAACUACUACCGUCGCUUCAUUGAGGAUUUCGCGGUGUAUGCCGCGGUGUUGUAUGAGUUAAGAGAAUCGGAUUUCUUCGAGAUCGGCCGAUCUCAGCUUGCAGCAGGAGACGAAUGCUCCAACGAGGGUCGAUGGACGGAAGCCAAGGUUGCUUUCACUAUGCUAAAAGCUAAGAUAGCUACAGCUCCCAUGCUCAAGCAUUUCGACCCAGAUCGGUCCCCCCGUAAUCGUGGUCUACGCUAG